GUCGUCAUGGAGCUGAUCCAGGUCACCCAGGAUGCCUCUCCUCACUCAAACUUUCUGCCUACCUCCACGUCCGAGUCCCUCCUCCUGGCCUCGGACAAUGACACAUCCUCGUUCUUCAAUGCCACUUGUCUCAACUGUACCAAAUCCGAUGUGGAAUCCCUCCCCGGUUUGGCCGGCAUCUUCAUCCCUCUCAUCUAUGGAAUCGUCUGUGCCGUUGGCCUGGUGGGUAACACGCUGGUGAUUCAUGUGGUGGUCAACUACACCAAAAACGAGUCGGUGACUAACAUCUACAUCCUCAACUUGGCCAUCGCUGAUGAACUCUUCAUGUUAGGCCUUCCCUUCCUGGCGGUGCAGAACGCGUUGCUUUCCUGGCCAUUUGGCUCGCUUAUGUGCCGUGUGGUAAUGACGGUGGACGCCAUCAACCAGUUCACCAGCAUCUUCUGCCUCACCGUAAUGUCCGUAGACCGCUACCUUGCCGUGGGGCACCCCAUCCGUUCGAGCUGGUGGCGCCGUCCUCGAGUUGCCAAGGCCAUCAGCAUGGCCAUGUGGGCGGCUUCCUUUGUGGUGGUACUUCCCGUGGUGAUUUUCGCCGAUGUGUUGAAGGACGACGGUAACUGCAGCAUCGUCUGGCCUGAACCGGCGGAGCUAUGGAAGACCUCGUUUAUCGUCUACACUUUCACUGUGGGAUUCUUCUGCCCCCUGCUCGUCAUCUGCCUGUGCUACCUGCUGAUCGUCAUCAAGGUACGUAGCGUUGGGAAACGUGCACAAGCCUCGUCGUCACGCCGCAGGAAAUCUGAGCGCAAGAUCACCAGAAUGGUGGUGGUGGUGGUGGCGGUGUUUGUGAUGUGUUGGCUGCCCUUCUACGCCCUCAACAUCGUCAACCUGUUGGUGGUGCUGCCGGGCGACUUCCGAGGCCUCUACUUCUUCGUGGUGGUUCUGUCGUAUGCCAACAGCUGUGCCAACCCCAUCCUAUACGGCUUCCUAUCCGAUAACUUCAAACGGGGCUUCCGCAAGGCCCUGUGCCGCACAUCGCGCCGGGUUAAGAGCCAUGAUAAAGCAGACAUCGAACUACAGCGGCCCACUGAGGAAUGGGGCGGUAUUGCGCUUCACAGACAAAGGAGCCCACUUGCCGGUCAGCGACAGGAAAUAACAAAAGGUGGCGGCCAGAUCAUCGAAAUAAUAAAAACAUCACAUAAUGGAAAGAGUAUAGAUGCUCCAGAAGGUUGUAGGAUGCCGGAUGUGAAGAUACUACAAUCAGGGGACUACAGUACGGAAAUCAAACACGGAGAGCAAGCAGAGAAAGGUUCUGAUCCAAAAAGUACGUCGCAACCUGGUGCACUUUUGGAGAACAAGUCAGUGCUCGAAAUCAGCUACUUGUGACUUCUAGGGUGGGUUCUUGUAGUCCGGUACUCUGAUCAUGACCUGGUGGGCAGUCUGGUGGUCUGCGGUUCAGUUUCACGUAAUGCUCAAAGUUAGGCAUACAUUAUCCAAGGACCUCACACACCCACAAGAACAGAGCAUCCAUUGGGUGGCAUACAUUCACAGGACUUGCUUUUCUAUGGAUUUUUUUUUUACCAGCAUAUUCAUGUUGGAAAAACAUUUUUUUUUAAAAAAGGUCCCAUAGAUGUGCUGCAAGGAGUUUCUGGCGCCUUCAGCGAAUUGUAAUCAACAAGACCGCUUUACUGACUGGAGCCAGCUUCCAGCCAUCGCCUGGUUUUGUUCACAUUUGGAGAUAUAUCCUGUGCUUCGACGAACCCGACUUACAUCACAGUCGCAGGAACGGAACAUGUACGUAACCAGAGGACCUUGUGUAAUGUGCAAUGUACAGUAGAUCAACAUGUAUGCAGCCAUUGGGAAGACCGGGAUUUGUUGGGAUUUGCCAGCAUGUUGGUAUGUGAAGCAUCCGCUUACUUGACGACCACCCCAAGUGCAUGUUGAUCUUUUACACAAUGCUGUACUUUAAUGUUUGUGUGGGUUAUGUGGUAACGGUGUGAUGGCAUAGUGUACAAAUUUGACAUAGUAGUUACCCAAAGCCACUGCGGGGCUUAGUAUGUUUAUGCUAAUGGAAGAUUACAAUUAAGGUUACUAUCACUUCCUAUGAAUUUGGCUAGCUGUUGAUACCAAUACUGUUUGGAUACUAGAGCACAGUUUGCUUUUAUACUAUUAUAGCGUAGAUCAGGGGUGGGCAAACUAUGGCCUGAGGGCCACAUGCAGCCCACCCAUCGUUUGAAUCCGGCCCGCCAGUAUUUCAACUGGCAACAUGACUUGCAAGUCAGAUUUAAAAAAAAAAAAAAAAAAAUUCAAUUCAAUUUUGUAAUUUCACCCUCGGCAAUCUCUGUGUGGAGUUUGCAUGUUCUCCCCUUGCAUGCGUGGGUUUUCUCCGGGUACUCCGGUUUCCUCCCACAUUCCAAAAACAUGCUAGGUUAAUUGGCGACUCCAAAUUGUCCAUAGGUAUGAAUGUGAGUGUGAAUGGUUGUUUGUCUAUAUGUGCCCUGUGAUUGACUGGCCACCAGUCCAGGGUGUACCCCGCCUCUCGCUCGAAGACAGCUGGGAUAGGUUCCAGCACCCCCAUGACCCUCGUGAGCGUAAGCGGUAGAAAAUGAAUGAAUGAAAAAAGGACAUGAGAACAUACGGCUGAUAGUAGGACACUUUUACAGAUAAAAUUAGACAACUAAUUCAAUGCAGAAUGUUAGAAUUAUAAGCAUAAAAUAGUGUGUGUAUAUAUUUUCUGGCACCCGGACAGUUUUGUUAACUCAACGCGGCCCAUGAGUCAAAAAGUUAGCCCACCCCUGGUGUAGACACAUUAGAAGAAAGAUGAGGAUGUGGUUGAUCGACAAUCAUUUCUGAUUGACAAGC